CGGCUGCAGCAGCUGCAUCGGUGACAACAGCAGGAACCGGGCAGGUGCGCGCCGCUCGCUCCCGCCGCCAGCACCAUGGGGCCGAAAAGUACCAGACUUCUGUUGGUGCUUCUUUGUGGUAUCAGAGAUGUGAUUAGUGAAAAAAAGGAAGUCGUCGGCAUAAUAGGAAGCAGUGUUGAACUAAGCUGCAUUAAUCCUUCCCCGGAGCGCUUUGAUUUGAAAACCCUAUGGGUUUACUGGCAAACGGCAAGUCCAAGCACUGUACUAAGAAUGUAUUCUCCUGGUGAGAAUUCCAGCACUUUUGAGGAUCCUGGAUAUAAAAACAGGACACGGCUAAAUAUAGAAAAUAUGAAAACGGGGGAUUUUUCUCUUGUUUUGUCAAACAUCAGUCUGCAAGAUGAACAGGAAUUUGACUGCAUAGCGGGAAAGAAAGAGAAAGUAUUCAAGAAAUUUUUCAGCACCGAAGUCAGGCUCCUAGUGGCAGCUAAUUCCAGCGGACCAGUAAUCAGCGGGCCUAGUGACCCAAUUGUCGGAAAAGAAGUAAUCUUCGUUUGCAAUGCUAGUGAUGUUUAUCCAAAGCCAUCUGUCUACUGGAUAAAUGGGCACGACGGCCUCCUCGAUCCAGCCGCCCAAAAUCAUAACAUCUCCAAGAACGAGAGAGGCCUGUACGAUGUCUUCAGCACAGUGAAGAUCACAUGGACUUCUAACACGAGAAUAGGAUGCUCUGUAGAAAACCCGCUACUAAAGCAAAACCUAACAGCUUUCAUAAAAUCAGAAGAUCCAACCAAGCUGCCAUCCAUCGCCUAUACAAAUCCCACCAACUCACCUGCGCUGCCAGUAACAAGAAGUGCUACUACUCUUGGGGUCUUGGGCAUUUUGGCUGUGAUGGCGGGUGUUGCGACUGGCAUCUGGCUGUGUAGAAACAAAUAUCACCAUCCAUUUUAUUCAGGUGGUCAGCGAAAAGGAGAUGGGACAGAGCAUGUGCAUUAUGCUGGUAAGGAACAAAAAAGCAAAUUGAUUAGAAUUCUAGGCCCUUGAGGGAAUAAAAAAAUAGAAUUUUGAAAUUUUGACGAGGACUAUGGGUGUCUUGGCCCUCAUUAGCUCCCUUGAAAAAAUAGGUUGACACUUAAGAUAUCUUUUCCGCCAAUCUAGAA